AUGACUUCAUUUCCUAGCAAGUGCUUCUAUUUCAUUCAUGGUCAAUUACGUAAAGCGUCUCAUCUUGUGGUAGGCCAUACCCUUGAUGUAAAAAAAGACGUGGUGGUUGUCACUGGCGGUUCGAGUGGUUUAGGUAAGGAGAUCGCAGCGCAGUUCGCUGCCACUGGUGUCAAAGUCGCUGUGAUGGAUAUCAUCACACCUCUGGCCGAGUCAGAAAUUCCUUAUGUUCAAUAUUUCAAAUGCGAUGUGGGAGACGAGGACGAUGUGAAGACUUGCUAUGACAGCAUUUGUGGAACAGUCGGCAGGCCGACAGUGUUGGUUAAUAAUGCAGCUAUCGCAACUGGUAAGAUGCUCUCAGAAUUAUCCUGUGAUGAGAUCAGACAAACUAUUCGGGUCAACCUUCUUCUGAGCUUCUACACAAUUAAGAAGUUUCUACCAUCCAUGCAACAGCAGAAGCGGGGUUACAUCGUUACAAUUGGAUCCGUCCUAGGUUACAUGUCGCCUGCUCAACUAAGUGCCUACGGUGCAUCUAAAGCUGCACUCAUAGCACUCCAUGAGCUGAUAACGUACGAGCUUGGAGCUCCUCUGCUUUGCGCUCACGGUGUCAAAACCUUGCUUAUUUGCCCAGGGAAGAUGAAGACACCAAUGUUCGAUAGCGUAGCCACUUCUUGGCGCUGGAUAGCGCCGGAGCUUGAGCCCGCUUAUGUUGCCAGAAGCAUCAUCGAAGCACUCCAACAUGGGCGCCGAGGAGAAAUCAAACUUCCAUUCUAUGCCAACUUCUUGCCUCUCUUCCGCGCAAUGCCUUGGCCCAUUACCGAAUUGGCCAGGCAUGUCUCCGGAAUUGAUGACAGCAUGCGUCGCUUUGGGAAUACAAUUGAAUGUCGUGAAGAUAAUUUGACAGGAAGCAUAGUCGGUAACGUAGAUCUCAAGUACUAA